AUGAGCUGCUGUGGCUGUUCCGGAGGUUGUGGCUCCUGCUGUGGGGGCUGUGGCUCCAGCUGCUGCAAGCCUGUGUGCUGCUGUGUGCCUGCCUGUUCCUGCUCCAGCGGUGGGCGCUGCAAGGGAGGCUGUGGCUCCUGUGGGGGAUGCAAACCCCCCCCCUGUCAGUCCAGCUGCUGCAAGCCUGGGUGCUGCUGUGUGCCUGCCUGUUCCUGCUCCAGCGGUGGGCGCUGCAAGGGAGGCUGUGGUUCCUGUGGGGGCUGCCAGGGCGGCUGUGGUUCCUGCGGGGGCUGCAAGGGAGGCUGUGGCUCCUGUGGGGGAUGCAAACCCUGCUGCUGUCAGUCCAGCUGCUGCAAGCCCUGUUGCUGCUGUGAGUCUAGCUGCUGCAAGCCCUGUUGCUGCUGCCAGACAAGCUGCUGCAAGCCCUGCUGCUGCCAGUCCAGCUGCUGCAACCCCUGCUGCUGCCAGUCCAGCUGCUGCAACCCCUGCUGCUGCCAGUCCAGCUGCUGCAACCCCUGCUGCUGCCAGUCCAGCUGCUGCAACCCCUGCUGCUGCCAGUCCAGCUGCUGCAACCCCUGCUGCUGCCAGUCCAGCUGCUGCAACCCCUGCUGCUGCCAGUCCAGCUGCUGCAACCCCUGCUGCUGCCAGUCCAGCUGCUGCAACCCCUGCUGCUGCCAGUCCAGCUGUUGUGCCCCCGUGUGCUGCCAAUGCAAAAUCUAA